UCGCCUCCUCGCCUCCUCGCCUCCUCCUGCGAGGCAGCACGGAGCUCUCACGGCGCCUGGAUUGCUCUCGCCAUUUGCCUUCUUUUUGCGGCUUUAUUUUCCAUUUUCCCGAGCCCGUGAGGAGCACAGGGACCGGGGCGAGAGGGGGCUUUCUUUCAUUAUUUUCCCCCCCUUCUCCCCCUCCCCCUCCCCGGCCCCCCUCCCCUCCCCGACAAAACGGAAGUGCGAGUCAUGGAGGAGCUGACGGCGUUCGUGUCCAAGUCGUUCGAGGCUAAGAGCAAAGAGAGCAGCAAGGAGGCCAUCACGUACCGGGAGGUUCUGGAGACGUCCGGCCUGGGCCGCCACGGCAGCCCCCAGGCCGAGCACGACUUCGGCGAGGCCGCGCACUGUCCGCACCUGCACGGCUACGAGCACGAGCACGUGGACGUGGAUAAGGACAAGGACAAGCUGAAGGAUUUCCACGUCACGCGGCCCGGGCCAGGCAUCUACGAGUGCGCCAAGGACGGCGGCAAGAAGGACGACGUCAAGUGCGAGGACGACGACGCGCAGGGCAAACUCAAGCAGCGCCGGAGUCGCACCAACUUCACGCUGGAGCAGCUCAACGAGCUCGAGCGCCUGUUCGACGAGACCCACUACCCGGACGCCUUCAUGCGGGAGGAGCUCAGCCAGCGGCUCGGCCUCUCCGAGGCGCGCGUGCAGGUUUGGUUUCAAAACAGAAGAGCCAAAUGUCGAAAACAAGAAAACCAGAUGCACAAAGACAUCUUUCCCUUCUCCCCAGGCGUGAUCUUGGGCGGCGGCAGCCACUUGGACGCCUGCAGGGUGGCGCCCUACGUCAACAUGGGCGCCCUCCGGAUGCCCUUCCAGCAGGUCCAAGCGCAGCUCCAGCUGGACGGCGUGGCGCACUCCCACCCCCACCUGCACCCGCACCUGGCCGCCCACGCCCCCUACCUGAUGUUCCCGCCGCCCCCCUUCGGACUACCGAUCGCCUCGCUGGCCGACUCGGCCUCGGCGGCGGCGGCGGUGGCGGCGGCCGCCAAAAGCAACAGCAAGAACUCCAGCAUCGCCGACCUGCGACUCAAGGCAGGACUUCUGCGGGGCCAGUGGCUCCGCCCCCUCGAGGCACAGCUCACGUCCCCGGGAGCGUACAAACACUUGUGGAUGUCUGUCUGAGCCCAGCAGGACGUUCGCGCACAUUUGAGGACGGUCGGGGAAGGGGGG